AUGGCGCCAGCGAUCGACGCUGCAAACUACAGCAUGGCCCCGGUCAACGAAAUGACGGCCACUGCGUUGCAGGUGCGGACGAUAACUCUCCUGGAGGAGAUUGCGCGAUCGCAAACAGUCUUGAAUAGGAGACUCGACGCGGUAGAGAGACUACUUACUCGAGAGGAGCCGGCGCUCUACUUUCCGCAAUUCCGACGGCUACCGCCUGAAAUCAGACACCGGAUCUGGUCCCUCGCGAUCCCCGUCCGGAUCUUGAGGCCAUGGAAGCGGGAUAACAAAAAGAAGCACAUCACGCCGCUCAUGCGCCCACCCGCCAUCGCCGGGGCAUGCCGUGAGGCGCGCGCGAUAGCGACGAUGCACGGGGGGGUUGUUUCUCUCACGUACGACGCCGCCGACGACUCGGAGAAUCCGGCGAGGACGUCGCGGUACUGGUUCGACAGCCGGCGCGACGUCCUCGAACUCGACAGACGAGUCGACAUCGAGGGCGACGAGCCGCGCGGUAUUAGGAACCUCAUCCGCCGGGCACGGCACAUCCUCGCCUCGCGCGCGGAGGCGGCGUGGUUCACGCGCCUGUUCCGGAACGCGGCCCGCCUAGAAAGGGUGAGCGUCAAGUUGGACGUCGUGUCUGUCGGCCCCUGCACCUGGGACAUGGGCGUCGUGAGGCGAUUGUUUGGGGACGCAGGCGGCACCGUCGUCACGAUGGACGUUGAGGACGCGGACGAGGUCGCGCGCGUCAAGGGGUGCUUAGGGGGAUACUGGCGCAGCCCCGUAUUCUGCGCGUUCAACCUGGAGGCGUGGGCGAGGGAGAGGGAGACUAAUGCCGGUACGGCGACGGGCGUCAGAGACGACGGGUGGAUGCGACGGUUGGCUGGGGCGUGGAUGAGCGAGGUUGCGAGGGGCUGGGUCAUGGCGAAGGCGGCGGAGGCGACAUCAGAAGGGCAGCUGGACAUGGAGGGGUCUGAGGCGGAAGAAGCGUUGGCUUCGGCGGCGGCGGCGGCUGCGUUGGAUAUAGAGAAUGGCUUUGUACGAGCUGCACUGUUGGUCAUGCCCGAAGUGAAGCUUGUGAGGGCGUACUGCCGGGAUGAGAUGCACGAAGGUUGUCGUCCAUGA